GAUGUAUGUGAAUGGCCAAAAACCCUGAAAUACUUGAAUCUGUCCAGCACUCAAAUUCCUAAACUAACAACUUGCAUUCCCCCAACGCUGGAAGUUUUGGAUGUCAGCGCUAACAACCUGAGGGAGUUUGGACUGCAACUCCCACUUCUCAAAGAGCUGUACCUGGCAAAAAAUCAGCUGAAGACCUUGCCUGGUGCCGCUCCCAUUCCUAACGUAGCGGUCAUGUCGGUCAGAAGAAACAAGCUCAACAGUUUCUCCAGGGAGGAGUUUGAGUCCUUCAAGAACAUGGAGCUGCUGGAUGCCAGCGACAACAACUUCAUCUGCUCCUGCGAAUUCCUCGCAUUCAUCCAGCACGAGGCCGGGAUCGCCCGGGUGCUGGUGGGGUGGCCGGACGAGUACAGGUGCGACUCUCCCCUGGUGGUGAGAGGGGUGCAGGUUGGAGCCGUGCACCUCUCCCUGAUGGAGUGCCACCAGUCCCUCGUGGUGUCGCUGAUCUGCGUCCUGGUGGUCCUGGUGAUCCUCGUCCUCGUGGCGGUUGGCUACAAGUACCACGCGGUCUGGUACCUGAGAAUGACGUGGGCAUGGCUCCAAGCCAAGCGGAAGCCCAAGCGGGCCCCUGCAAAGGACAUCUGCUACGACGCUUUUGUCUCCUACAGCGAGAACGACUCCGGGUGGGUGGAAGACAUCAUGGUGCGGGAGCUGGAGCAGGCCUGCCCCCCGUUUCGGCUGUGCCUCCACAAGCGGGACUUUGUGCCAGGGAAGUGGAUCGUGGACAACAUCAUCGACUCCAUAGAGAAGAGCCACAAAACGCUCUUUGUGCUGUCCGAGCACUUUGUGCAGAGCGAGUGGUGCAAAUACGAGCUGGACUUCUCGCAC